AUGUCUAUACGGAAGGAUAACUCACAGUUUUCGGACUCUGACGAGGUAGCUUACUAUGUUGAUUAAUUAACGCAUUUAUAGGAUAAUUGGUCUGACGAGGAUACUGACGAUUACCUCGAUGCGAAGGUUUGUCUCUCUAAUUAUUAGACUGAACUCCCCAGCGACCUAAUUUCCCCGACUUUGAAAAAUUAGUUAAUCAGGGGAUCGAAAGUCUUGACGGUUAUGUCUUUGCAAAACUAAAUUGGAGUGCGCCAAAGGUUUGCCUGACUUUUGCCGAAUCAUUUUUUAGGACGCGACGUGGGUUUCUUUUGGAAAUUCCUUGAAAUGCCACUCGGCCGCUGACAUAUUGCUCCUUCUCAAGGCCUCGGACUUCGUCUCAUAUGAUAUUUUAGCUCCGUAAUCCUUCAUCAUCAUACUUUACUCAGUUAGGUUCUCCUUGUGUUCUGAUGCGUCAGCCCCUGAUCAAGCACAUACCGACCUCAAGCUUAUUCUGCGCAGAUGGCACGACUUUCGUCCGGAGGGCGAAUUCAGAUGUUUUGUGAAGUCUCGUUCUAUCAUUGGUUAGUUUUCAGUGUUGUCCUUAAACCGUGAACAUGCGUUCCAUAACCUCCAGUCUGAAUCAUCAGCGGUCUUAGUCUCGAAGUAGUUUUGCGCAGUUUCCGCUUCAUUUCUAGCUUAACCCCUUCGGCGUUGCUAUUAAUUGAAUGUUUGCCAAUAACACCGACGCCGUCGUCUCCUCGUCAUCAAGGUUCUCUAUAAGAACCGUAAAGACAGAUGGUUUGCAAGGAUUCUUAUCGCAAGGACUGGUCACUUACUGUUUCCUGAGGGGUUCCGAACUUGACGCGAAAUCUUCUGUACUACGUCGUUCCUUACUAUUGCCAUCAUCUUGUAUUUUCCAUUUCACAAAAGCAUCCAGGCUGAAUACUUGCUAAUUCAACUGUUCCUCCUCACCGAUCAUGAGCAUUUCUUCUGGGGGCUGCUUAAUACCCAAGUGAUCUUUAGAGUUCUUACUAUGUUCACCCUAGACGCCCAGAAUGUCCGGAUCUGCUGCAGCGGAUCGUUACGCGUGGAGAGGUACAGUUCGGGACAUCAUCGAGGCCGGCUAGAUCAGGCCUGAUCGCAGCCGUACCAAGUACACGUACUCCCCAUUUACGCAAUGUUGGGUCUAUGGUGUCUUAAGCUUUUCAUGAAACACUUGUGUGGCAGUAUGGUUCUAUUAAGCAUCCAAUUCAUACGGCUGGAAGCAAUGGCCAAGUAGGUAAAAAAGCCUUUGGAACGUUCUUGGCAAUGACGAUUUCACAAAAUAUUUUGAACACGAAUGUCUUGUCUACAAAACCUGGAUGUACGUAAGGACCUGUAUGGAUUACCGGAUUUCAGGCGACAGAAGAAGUCGUCUUAGAGGACGAAUUUCCAUGUUAACUGGAUUGGUGGUGCGGUAUUUGCGCCAUAUUAUGUUGCCCUCGUAAAUAGGCGGUAACAUUGAAAAGCACUACCUGUCUUAAAUCUCCUUUCACUUUUAAGUUGCUCCUUCUAAAGAGUAAUUGUGGUCAACAAAGUAGGCGUCAACGUUUUCACGGUAACCUUGUCACGCGCAUGUAUGCUGACGUUCUCACAAACUAGUGAUUUUGUCCGUUUCUAAUAUUCGGCUUCCAUUGGUUGACUUCUUUGACUUGCACGUGUAAUUUCACGUGAUCUGCAUAUUACCAACACUAGGUAAGCCGUCCAAGCAUUCGAAGUAUUGUAGCAGUGGGACGCACGUUUUGUACUUAGACGUUAGAAUAUUAUAAGUCGUUAUCUAGGUGGUAUGCCAUUUCCAAUUGUCCCAGAAUGUCGGACUCGAGAUUUCCUUAGGGUCUGCCUUAAAAUACUCGUUCAUUACCUUAAAACUAGCCAUAAUACCAGCCCUACGAAUGUCCUCAGAUGAUGUCGCGGACCAAUUGCCACUUAAGUCACUAGAACACAUAACUGCACCAGCUAUGACGGCCACAUUUCAUAACAUCAUCAUCAAUAUGUCCCCGGACCAGCUGUGAAGUUAUUCUGUUCAGCCAUGAUCCAUCAAGCGAAACAUCAGUACGUUUCCGGAGGUAUCAGUUCCUAACUUUAUUGGUCACUGGCCGUUCUGUAGAAAGUAGCGUCCACACUUUGCACCGAUAGGACGGCCCUUGUGCCAGCUAGCCAAGAGUUAAAUUAUUGUGAAUCCAGCUAGCCUCGCAGUCAAUAAACCUUGUAACAAGAGUUGCUCUUGCGAUGGUCUGCGCCUCCACGAAAUCCCUCUGACUUCUGUAAACAUUCCUGCUACCAGUGUUUAUACUUUAACGUCAAGCCAUCUACAGCGAUCAUUUCGGUUAUAAUGAACUACAGUUCGUUUCACUUCCAACAGACGGAGACUGUCCGAAACUUAAGUACUUGUUUGCACUACUUCAUUUUACCCGCACACGCCCAAACGAUGGCGAUAUCGGUACCACGUUUUAAAUUCUUCGAAGCCCCAAUAACGUAGAGAUAAUGAGUCAAAACGUCGGCGAUCUUUACCUGUCUGGACGUAAAGGCUAACGGUAAAGUUCUUAUGGUAGGCAGUAUUCGGUUUCUGUUUGCCCUCGCCUAUGCUUAUUUGUAAUACUGACCCUGUCUUUGGUCGUCCAAAAGAACGACAGUCGAUUUCAGGUUUUCCAUUGCAUACUUUUCUACUGUCCACGCUGCAAACAUUUCACAUUGCAGUGUCAUUUUUUAAACCUGGAAAAGAAGUAAUGAGUUUGACUGCUGAGGCAUUUGUCGGAGCCUUUUUACAUUUUAUCGCUACGUACGUCGUCACUUGUUUGUCUUUUUUGUUUGGUGCCGUGGACUUCAGGCUUUUAUAUGACCCUAUGGGAAAGGCGAAUAUUUGAAAGUGUUCUAAAUAAUGUAGUACUUAGGCUUCUUGAACUAACACAGAUAACCUUUGAAUUCCUUGCCUGAAUAUACGCGCUAUCAUACGUCUACAGGUUUCUGGAUGCUGCGUGCAUAUCAUAGCAAUUAAAUGUUUAUUAAGGUCGAGAAUGUCCUAGGAGCGCAUAAAGGUGACAUGGCAUGACAGUUCGACCGUCACAAACGACUACUUCUACUAGGUGCCCCACGUUGUGACCGCAGGAUGGUGGCUUAUGCGGCAUCAACGAUAGUCUUCUCUUUCAUCCACUUGGAAUCGAUGCGAAGAUAGAGUUAAGAAGGGCAGAGGCGGAAUCGGGCGCAGUGGCUGACAAAGCUAAACAGUCUGUCUACGUGCGCGCCACGUAAACCUAGUCCCCACAAUGUGUGAUGGGCUUUCACGAGAGGACGACUCGGAUCCCACAUGCUUGGGAGUGUUUUGGAGGCCGCAUUAAGGGGAAGCUAUUGCAGCCUGCUUCACAGUCCUCCGAAAUACUCCCACGAAGGCAGAGUUACGCCGUCAAUUGCCAGCCUUCCAAGCCACGACCUAGCGCCACCUAACAAAUUAUAGUAUGUCAGAUUUAUUAUAGUCCGGAACGCGUUCACGUGGCUUGAGAGUAGAUUCCUCGUUGUCUUCCCUUUCUCAGUCACCAGUCGACUGUUCGAGCCUGCCAGUCAACGCGGCGUGAAGGCCUGCGUCUAGGCAUGCUGCCACAUCCUUCCCAUGUACAGCAUUAGGUAUGGGCUCGCGCGGACUCUGCGCAGCCUGAUGAAGACGUGCCAUGAGCUGGUUUGACUUCCGUUUUGGUCAAACGCAUCUUCAGCGCUGCCCGUUGUGGGGGCCAUCACAUAAAGUUACACCAAGGUAAACAUGCCUGUCUUCUAUCUUACGACCACUGGAAUCACUCCCAAAUGCAUGUACCGCCUUAAAACAUUUUUUCCCAAAACCGACGUCUUAGCCGAUUUGUUCCAGACGGACCUUUCUACGAACGUCUCUCAAGAGACGAAUUUGUCGCAAUUACUCCUACAGGAACUGGGAUCAAUUAUAGCAUGCAAACAACUUGCUGGGACAGGGUUAUUUUGGGCAGGAAACAAAAUAUUCAAUAGGCAACCGGUAUGUGUGGGCCCGUGCUGCACGUAGGUCGUCUUGACAGACCCGCGUAAGUAUUGCUUUCCGUUUAGGGGGAAAAUCCAAGAACAGCUGUCAGCGUUGCUUCAUGUUCAUAGAAUGGUGAGGGGCGGAUAAGUCUUAUCCCAUGUCACCGACUUCGUUCUAAAGCCCAGCAAGACACAAAUUUAUACCUUUACGUUCUUACUUAUCAGGCCAGUUUCGUCGCGACUCAAAUCCUUUCACGACUUUGUACACUUUACGUAUUUCAGCUAUUUCUCAAAGGAACUGGGACGCCUACUUCACCUUUGUGGAUACUGAACAGGCAAACAUUGUGCAGGCGAUUGUGAAAUUCUUCCAAGAAAAAGUCAGGGAUCGCUUCCCUCUUCAAGACUGUAUUGCGCUAUUUCUAAUUUAAUAUACAUGUUUAGAUGUACUGGACGUCUAUACCAGUCGGAACGUAAGGCGUCGUUGGGCUUGCAUUUCUCCUUCGUUCUUAGUUCCGCUCUUCCAAGUGUGUUAAGAUUAUCGAUUUUAAUGUGUUCGGCCCUCCUACGGACGCACUUCUUUUUCAAUGGCCUGAACUAGAGGCCGCAAAUCCUGAUCAGGUUAGUCCAUUCUUUGAGAGUUGUAGCCUCCUUUUGAGGAGCUCUAUUGUCUUUAUUCAGACCUGAAUAUUUGGCAGGUCUAUAUUGGUGUAUGCCAUAGUUCAUUCAGAUAGACCAACGUCUGGACUAUUCUUCUAAACGAAACACGCAUGAAGAAUUCCACAGUGUUGUUCCUAAAUCACUGUAUUCGUGGCGAAACAGAAGCUUUCUAUUCACAUCAAAUACACGCGUCUCCUUUGUCUCAAAAUUCAAAACUGCAAAUGUAAUGAGAGUGUCUGGCCAAGACUAGCGAAGCUGACAUGACCGGAAAAAAUAUCUGUUGCGCGAAUGGGAGCGUCCCGUCUCGCAAGCUCGGUCCCUGAUUUUAAACCUGAUGUGAAGGCGUCUGUGUACAUGAAGUUUCAGUUCUAGCGGCUCGCACUGAAACUAGUUGGUUGUAAGCCUGAAAUCCAGUCAAUGGAAGAGUUCAGUUUUAGAUAAAUAAGGCUGAGGACGAUGCUCUAAAACAGCUGCGGCAUUUUCCAGCCAUCAUAAAAUAACCAGCCCGUCUUAAUUUGCUUGCUAUUGCCUGCUACGUUGAAGUGCACACUGCCUUAGCUCCAGUGUUUUGUAAGCAACACUGCGGAACGGAAUCGUGAUGGCUUUCUAGGGAAAUUAACCAAACCCACCGAUUAUCUGGUUUGAUGUCUCCAUGUAUCGGGCCGCCCUUGUCAUCUAUAGCAGCGUUCGUUCAAAUCACUUGGCCCGAAAUGACGCAAUUUGCGGGCUUUGACAGUCUGCUUAUUGCGAUUAUUUCCUUUUUGCGUUGUCCAUGACAGAAUUUGCCACAACGCUCAAGUCCAUUGUGUGCAACAACUAAACCCGAUGCAACCUUCUUAUCAGAACUUUUUCAUUGUCAGUUGAAAAGUAUUUCUGCCCAUCGCUCUCUACCGUUUUAGGAAAUAUGGUUUCGGAAGCAAGAAGACAAAUCGCUAAGAUCUGGCAAUCUCAAUAAAUACAAGAUUCCGAUCGACUUGGCUGACAUCGCUUCGGGCGCCGAUCCCGCAAAAUUAAUUGACCUAGUACAAGCGGUACGUCCUCUUCACGUUAGCAUCCUAAAUGCCCAGAGAUCGAACUUUUGUCUGUUGUAGGUCUACCCAGAACAGUAGUUCCGAGUUCGACUGUUUUGUUUGCCACCUGUUAAGUCUAUCCACCUACACAUUGUAUAGACGGUAAGGCAGCUGACGCGUACCCAAGUAUCACGUUGGUUUCUAGACUCGGAGGUAUCUGGGUCAAGAUCGACAAUAAGGCCCUUGACUCUGCCAUCAGCUUCUGCCAUAUCAAGUCAAAUCUCUUGUCAAACGCACAAAACCAGAUGAAAUCCAACAUAGGUGCCGCAUGACGUGUGAUCUUCGACUCAGCUGCUCUCCGAAUGUUACUUGAGAGCGGAAUGAGCGCAAUAUGCUGCCCAUGCAAAGCAAUGCCUUGGAUAAGAUAUUCGUGGUGAAUGGAGGUGGUGUCGCUGCUCUCUUGAAGGAGGCGUCAACCGCCAGAUUUGAUCCUAGAGCCUGGUUUGGAGGCAAACAAGUAGGACUUGGAACUGUCGUAAACCAUUGUGUACAUAGCAAAACAGGUUCACUUUAUUUCGUCUGCUCGCUCCCGGACUAGGCAAACACCUAGAUGUUGGAUAGGUACGAACAGCUGAGAAGCUAUUAAGUUGGACCAACUGUGCUCCAGUACAGCAGCAGAAGGUAGGAAAGCUGUGUGUCAAACCUGAGAGACAGUGAGCCAAAAGUACCAUUUUCAUGACUGACGACCGCUUAUGUCAUUGUGAUAUAGACGGUUCUUACUCUUGGCUAAACAGUUGACUUCGUCGCAUUGUUUUUCUUCGUUUUAGCAAGUUGAGGAGCAGAACGAAGCCGCCGCGAAGGAAAGAUCGAGCCAAUCAUGA